AAAAAAAUAGUGAAAAACUAAUUUCACUUAAACUUUUGUCCGGGACUGUAUAUAUUGUACACAGAAUCAAAUAAUCACGGAUGAUUUAUCAUUAUAAAACAGUUUUGUAUUUCAUCAAUGUUUAUCGAUGAUUACGUAUUACAAGAAAUCAAUUAGAAGAAAAUAAAACUCGAGUUACUCAUUUAAAUAAAAGAAAAAGAACAUUUAAUGUUAACAUUCAAUUCGGAUUGUUUUACAUUGAUGAUCAAUGUAGUAAUUGCAGAAUAAAAAUAAAUGAUAUUGAUUGUAUGAUCUAUCAGAUAGUUUAAAUCAAGAUCAUACAGAUAUUUUAAAGUGUUAUCAAGAAAAAAGAUAACAUACUUGAAUUUGAUAAAUAUUUUUCUGAUUAAUUUUUAAUCUUUUUAUUUAGAUAAAUCUCCUUUAAUUUAUAAAUUUAAAAAUCAAAUUUCAUCAUUUGUUAUUGAUUUUAUUUCCAAACUCAACCCUCGAGCUGCAAUAAAAGAUAUGCAUACACUUAUAUUUACACAAAUCUUGACUAAGUUUACUAAUUUACAAUAUUUAAAAUUUGAUCAAUCUUCAAUUUCAUUUCGACGAUUAUCUUUUGUAUCACCUCCAACUAUUAUCUGUUCAACUCUAUUAGAAUUAUAUGUCUCUAUAAGAAAUUUCAAUGAUUGUCUCUAUUUACUUGAUGGACGUUUCACUCAACUUCAUACACUUCAUGUUGAUAUAUAUAUUAUUGCCUCCUCUCAUUUAACUAUUAAUAAUAAAGAUAAACUACCGAAUUUACGAUUUUUUUCUUUACACUGUGAUAUCGAUACAGAUAAUUAUGAUAAUCUGAUUGUACCACUUCUACAUCGAAUGUUAAAUUUAGAAAAACUUGAUCUGUUACUUCGAGUAAAUCGUGAACAAGGGUUGAUUGAUGAUAAUGAAUUAAAAAAGAAUAUUAUUAAUUAUAUGUCACAAUUAAAUAAAUUUAUAUUUAAUAUUUAUUCACGUCAUUCUCUUCCUAUUCAAAUUGAUUUACCAUUAAAUGAAAAUAUUCACAAUACAUUUGCAUAUUUUCAUGAUAAUCAAAUAAUUUCUUGUAUUGAUUAUUUUCAAGAAAAACGAUAUAGUCAAUGUCUUAUUUAUUCAUAUCCAUAUAAAUUGAAAUUUUAUGAUCGUAUAUCAAAUAAAUUUCCAGGUGGUUUAUUUAAAUAUGUAUGUGAAGUAUCAUUAUAUGAUGAGUAUCCCUUUUCGCAUGAAUUCUUUCGUCGAAUUUCAAAAUCAUUUCCAUUUAUGAAAAAAUUAACUGUAAUUAAUCAAAAAGCACAAAUCAAUAAACAAUGUAUGAAAUCAAAAUAUGAUGAUCAAAAUUUAUCAAUUAUUGAAUAUCCUCAUCUGACUACACUUUGUCUUACUGAAGCUCAUGAUGAUUAUGUCGAACAAUUUCUAGUUGAUACGAAAACGUGUUUGCCGAAUAACGUUUUUCUUUUUGUUUUUUAUCGGCCACUGGAAAAAGUGACACAAAAUUUUCAAAGAGAAGCAACACGAAUCAAUUGUGCAAGAUUGCGUUAUUUAUCUAUGUAUGGCAUAUCUUCAAUUCCUGAACAUGUCAAAGACUAUUUUCCUCAUACAUUUAUAUCAAAAUCAUUUCAAACAACAUUUAAUGAUCUUAUUGUAUAUGAUAAUGAUGCAGAUACGAAUGGUGCGGUGUGUGGAACAAUGUAUGGUGCAAGACAUGGUUCCACAUCAUUGCCUUAUGAAUGGAUUAAAAAAAUGGUUUGA